UUAACAAAAUAAAUACCCAACUCUACAAUAGUAGUUUUUAGCACUCUGCUAGUAUAGUAUUCUUUAGCUCUGUAUAUUUGGUGUAGGGAUGAUAAAGAACCCCAAUUUCUUGGAGGAAGUGUUGGAACAUUUUGGGAAGGAUGAUGAAAUUAUAGUUGGAUGCCAGUUGGGUAAGAGAUCAUUUAUGGCUGCAACUGAACUUCUUGCUGCUGGAUUUACUGGGGUGACUGACAUUGCUGGUGGAUAUGCUGCUUGGACAAAGAGUGGACUUCCGAUUGAGUCUUGAAUAUAAAGCAUUAAUAGCCUUUUAUUUACUCACAUAUAAAAGGGUAGAUUAAUAAAUAAGUACACCAUCUUAAUUACUUAUGAAUAUAAUAACCAGUAGUCAACAUGGCGAAAUCAAUUACCGUUCAUCACAUCAAAAUGUGGCUGAAAGUUAAAGAAGCAACUUGCAAGAUCUUUUGUAUAGUAAUUUAUAUUAGGUGAUAUCCGAUGUGGGAGAAUCUGUAUUGCAAGCAAUAUGUGUAAAUAUUGUUCUUCUAAUUCUGCUGUAAUAAAUAAUAUUGGCCUGAAAUGCCUCUCAUCUG